GGUUUUUUUCUUUCUUUGUAAAAUAGAAAGCUUUUUCACAGUUUCAAAUCACAAAAAAGAGGCACUGCAACAUUGCGUGCCCUCACACGAUUCCACGAAACCCUAACCCUAACCCCUCUUUCCAUGGCGCAUAACGACUCAAACUCCGAUCCCAAUUCCCAAACCCGAUUCUACAACCCAUACAAAGACCUUGAUAUUCCUAUUCAAAAUCUCUACAAACUCUCAACCUCACCGGAGUUUCUCUUCGACGAAGAAGCUCGCCGUAAACGCCGUUCAUGGGGAGAAAAUCUCACCUUCUACACCGGUUGCGGUUACCUCGGUGGUUCAAUCGCCGGUGCCGGAGUCGGACUCGUCGACGGUGUUAAAGCCUUCGAGUCCAGCGACACCGCAAAGCUUCGAAUCAACCGAAUACUUAACUCCUCCGGUCAUUCCGGUCGGACGUGGGGAAACCGUGUCGGUAUCAUCGGAUUGCUUUACGCCGGAAUCGAGAGCGGGAUCGAGGCUGCGAGGGAUACUGAUGAUGCUUGGAACAGCGUUGCGGCGGGUCUUGGUACCGGUGCACUUUAUCGAGCGGCGAGAGGGGUGAGAUCGGCGGCCGUGGCUGGAGCUGUUGGUGGAGUUCUUGUUGGAGUUGCCGUGACGGCGAAACAGGCGUUGAAACGAUAUGUACCUAUAUGAAUGAAGUGUGAGUGUGAGAUUCUUCAAUAUAUUCAAUCGAUGGAAAAAAAAAUCAAUUUUGAGAGAUGAUUGAUGUUAGUUUUAGUUAUUAUAGAUUAUAUAGAAUUGUUUUAAAAAGUUACAUACCAUAUAUAUUAUGGUGAUGGUAGUUAGUAAUUAAUACUUCUGUUGCAAAUUAUUGUUUUAAUGCCAUAUUUUUUCAGCUCUAUUAUAGAAUCAAUUAAUCUUUUGUUUUAACU